CGCGGAGAUGCACCGCACACCAGUCAAGUGUGCGCUGUCUCAGACACCUACCGUUCGCCGCUCCGACUGAGUCGAGUUUCGUCCUUGCUCUCUCUGUCUCCCAGUCUGUCUCUCUACGCCUGCCAGCGCCGAAACGACCGCCGUGUCCAGAGAACAGUGUCCAGUGUACCGGACAGCCAUGAAGGACUGACUCGCGUUUGACGGAUUCCGACUUUUUCGUUUUUUUUUUGGUUAUCAGUGCUUGAAGUGCGAUUUCCCGAAGCAACCGACCUGUCCGACGCUCGAAGACCGGAUUUGAUCAUGAUGGACGAGUACAAACCAGACCUGAUGCUCGGCCACUCGGGCUACCCCCAGCUGCACCUGCCCCCGGCCCCGGAGGCCUCACAGACGAUGGGCGCUGGCAACUCGUUCCACGAGUUCGCCGCCGCCAGUUCUGCCCAGUACUACAUGCGUUACGCCGACGACCCCAGCGGCCACAUGCUGCAGGGGGUGGUGCGGGGGUCACCUGGUGCUUCAGAGGAGGCCACCAGCACGUGGAUGCCGGGCUUUGGGACAGCGUCCCCAGGCCGAGGCGGUGACGACCGCUCCCACCUGAUGCAACCCAUGCAGCCCAUGCCCCUCGGGGGCGGCGGCGGCCCCAAGGGCCAGAUCGGCGCACAGAAGAAGGAGCAGCGCAUCAGACGCCCGAUGAACGCGUUCAUGGUGUGGGCCAAGGUGGAGAGGAAGAAGCUGGCCGACGAGAAUCCAGAUCUCCACAAUGCAGAUCUCAGCAAGAUGCUUGGCAAAAAGUGGAAGAGCCUGACUCCGCAGGACCGGCGGCCGUUCGUCGAGGAGGCCGAGCACCUGCGCGUCAUCCACAUGCAGGAGCACCCCGACUACAAGUACCGGCCGCGGCGCCGGAAGCAUAACAAGCGCGGUGGCGGCGCCAACCCCGGCGGUGCCAACCCUGGGGGUGCCGCCACCCAGAGCGGGCGCCGCUCCGAGUCGUCGCGCUCGCCGGGCGGCUCACUGCUGCAGCAGCACCUGUACCAGCAGCCGCGCGUGGCAGCGUCGCCGGCGGCGCCGACCUCGCCGUUCCGCCACCUCAGCAACUACGCCAGUUCGUCGAGCCCGGCCAGCUACUACAACCCGUCGCCGAUGCUGCACACGCCCGACUCGUCGCCGACCGGCAGCCCCGAGCCCGGCGCCGACUCGCUGCGCGGCAUGGCCAAGCGCACGUCGCCCGAGGCGGCGGCGUCGCGUGAGGUCAGCACGCUGCCCACGCCCGAAAUGUCGCCGAUGGAGCAGGACAAGGACACGUUCCAGUUCCAGCAGCAACAGCAGCAGCAGGAGCAGGAAAAGUUCAAGUCGUUCCGCCAGCAACAGCAGCAGCACCACCAUCAGCAACAGCAGCAGCGGUUCUUCAAUGGCGGCGUCGCGCCCGCGCACCACUUCCAGCUGCCGACCGGCGGCGCCAUCGUGAUGGGCCGCUCCGGCGCCAUCCCCAGUCAGUCGUACCCGGGCAGGACGCACUACGAGAGCGUCACCAGCACCUUCUACCCGCCCGUGGUGAUUCCGCCGUCGUCGGCGGCCGCGUCCGCCGCCACGGCUAGUCCGCCACCGGCCGCCUCCGUGCACUCGAUGUACAACGGCGCCAACGCUGCCGCCUCUUCCUACCUCGCAUACGGCAUGCACUGCUCACCCUCCGGCUACCAGCAGUCGCUGCCCGGAGCCAGGGACGCGUGUCAAGGACCGUCUAGCAUGUCCGACGACCUCUCGGCCGCGACAGGCACGUGCCGCUCGACCUUCCAGAGCGCACACCACCAUCACCAGUUCCAAGUGUCCGCCUCGGACGAGCUGCUGAUGGACGCGGGCCAGUUGGACACGCACGAAUUCGACCGUUACCUCAACAAGAGCCAGCACGACAUGGACUCGAACCACAACUACCAGCACCAAAUCCAGCAGCAACAGCACCACCACCACCAAGCCGUCCAAAUGGGCUACUACCAGCAGCAGCAGCAGCAACAUCAGGCGGCGGUGGACGCGCUCAAGAACGAGGCGGAGUACGGCAACGGUGAUCUGCAAAUGGAACAGCAGAUCAAAACCGAGGAUGACUUCAGCCUCAUCCUUGCCGAUGUUCGCAAAACCUGCUACAACAGUUCAUAGUGUCUUUUGCAGUUUCAACCCUAAAACAGUCUGUGACAGGAGUGCCUUCUGAGAUUUAUAUUCGGAGAUGGACCGAUGCAGCGUGUUUGUUUUUGCCCCUUUUGAGGAGAAAUGUGUAAAAAAUACAGUUUUUUACCUCGUUUUCGAGGCUGCUAUUUUUGAGGUAGAAAAUUGUUGAAAACGAACAUUCCUAUGAUGGGCAGUACUUAAGGAAUUAUACUAUAUAUUGUAACGAAAUUAAGACGCAAGGUGUUGCGGGUUUAUUCUUCGCUGAUACUGUCUUUCCGACCGCUUUUGUUCUCUCUCUUUCUCUCUUCAAUCAGAACUAGGGUCUUUCGGGAUUUUCGAUUUUGAAGUGCGCUUUUCUAAAAUAAUCAAAAAAGGACCAAGCCCUGCGCGCCGAGUCGGAGCGCUUCUUUUCUGCUUGAAUUGGGGCCCAUUACAGUUCGCCACGCAGCCAAUGACAAAAGGCUGCGCGAUUGAUUAAUGGUAAUUUAUUCUGAUCAUUAAUAUUCAAAGCAUCUCGUCCAAUAUUUAUAUAUUUCAUCAACCCCGCGAUAUAUUUACAUACAAGUUCGCCGACUGGGUGGGAAUAAAAGAGAGCUUCUUUCCUACAGCCACCUAUGCUGCUUUUUCAAAAUAAAUUCGCCGCUCCAUUGUUUGAAUAUAAAAAGCUAAAUUGAAACUGGCCAAAUUUUGUAUUGCAUUUCACAAAGUGCCUGCCUUUUCGCAUUCCAAGCGAAGCACAUUUCGAAAAUCACUCUUUGAACCAGUCUGGAGGUCAGGCUGAUUGAUAAUAAUUAACAUUUUUCGCCUCUCGUCGAGGACAAUUGCGGCCUUCCUACUCUUUUUCCGUCUCACUCUGUGCCUUACUUGUUAAUUUUAUACAACACAGUCGUCCUGCGAGAGAGGCGAGACGGUUCCACGCACAAAAACACACACACAUGAUAAUUACGAGAGAUAAUAACAUUGUAGGAGACGCGAAUUUUAAUAAUUCACUCCCUUUUUCCUCCGUGCAGCGCAGCAUCCACACAAAACAUUUCAUAUUUUUCCUCCGAUUCAUAUAUUUGUACACAUCACACGCAGCGAGCGAGUGUGCGCGCGCGCGAACUCGUGCUAAAUCAUUUUGUACAACAAAUUAUUUUUAGUUGUUAAGUCACCAGUAUAUAAAUUAAUUUUUACAAUUUCAAGAGUAUAUGUUGGCUAUUUUUUAUUGAGUAAUGUAUAACUACGGAUAUGAAGACCUUGUGUAAAAAGGAGUGUCAAUUCGAUGUCGAGUAUCUCAUCAUGCAAUGUUGGAAUAUUUUCAUGUGACAAUAAAGUAUAACAAAGCGAAAUUGUAGAUAUUGAAUUUUGUCAAUAUGUUAAGGAGCAAUAAAUUGUUUUUAAUCUUACGCAAUA